AAGUUGGACUUCACUAGCUUUGAGAACAAUUUGAAGUUUGGUAUGGGCACUUCUUGUCAACAACUUUGUAAAUUUCAAGUUCUUUUUCUGGCAAAGAGGGUUUUGAGACCCAGCUUCUUCCAAUGCUAUAAAGUAUGCAUCAGGGGUGGUUAAAUUGGGAGGAGAAUAAUGUUAGAGAAUCAUAUAGGAAAUAAUAUCAUCAAAAUUAGGAUCAUAAACCUAAUAUACGAAUCAAUGAGUAGCAUUAUCAACAAUUGUUCGAGUCAUGAAGUAAUUUAGAGGGAAUACAAGAAGCAUAUAUGUAUGGGCCGGACUGCAAAAUCUCUUUGGAAAAAAAAGUGUUUCUUUUUUAAUCUUUAAUAAUAAUGGAAUACGGUUGGCAAUUCUUUUGGACUAAUUUACAGAACUUAACAUUUGAUUUAGGUUAAAUACUAUUUGUAUCUUAUCUUAUGAAACUAACUACUGCAUUUUCCCGAUUGCUUAAAUAAAACGACGCUGUUUUAAUGAGAGGGAAAUUUGAGGAGGGUAUUUUAGAGAAUGGACAAAAAAAAUAAAAAAGCUUUCUUGUUCAGCGAGUCAGUCUGGUGAUCAAAACUCAAAUCGAGCUUCGAUUCGUUUCCCUGUUAAAACACAAACGAUUUUAUUAUUUAAGAAGCUCAAAACUAAAACAACGGAAAAACAGAAUGAGUAGAGGAAGCGGAGGUGGCUACGAUCGUCACAUCACCAUUUUCUCUCCUGAAGGUCGUCUCUUCCAAGUCGAAUAUGCAUUUAAGGCAGUGAAGGCAGCUGCAGUAACGUCAAUUGGAGUUCGUGGUAAAGACUCUGUUUGUGUUGUAACUCAAAAGAAAGUUCCGGACAAGCUUUUGGAUCAGACUAGUGUCACUCAUCUCUUCCCUAUUACCAAGUACCUUGGAUUACUUGCUACCGGCAUGACUGCUGAUGCUAGGACUUUGGUGCAACAAGCAAGGAAUGAAGCAGCUGAGUUCCGGUUCAGAUAUGGAUAUGAAAUGCCUGUGGACGUAUUGGCAAGAUGGAUUGCAGACAAAUCUCAGGUUUAUACUCAGCAUGCUUACAUGAGACCCCUGGGAGUAAUUGCUAUGGUUUUGGGUAUUGAUGAGGAGAAUGGGCCUCAACUCUACAAAUGUGAUCCAGCGGGCCACUUUUUUGGUCACAAGGCUACAAGUGCUGGAUUAAAAGAACAAGAGGCUAUCAAUUUCUUAGAGAAGAAAAUGAAAAAUGACCGAGCUUUCACGUAUGAGGAAACUGUGCAGACUGCUAUUUCUGCUUUGCAAUCUGUCCUUCAGGAGGACUUCAAGGCCACCGAGAUUGAGGUGGGAGUUGUCAGAGCAGACGAUCGAGUUUUCAGAGUGCUGUCAACUGAGGAGAUUGAUGAACAUUUGACUGCCAUUAGUGAACGUGACUGAUUUUAUGGAGCAACCAGAGCUCCUUGGACCAGAGAGGAGUCUUCUGGUGGUUGAAGUCGCCAUGACAUGCUUAGCUGAUCACGGACUUCUAGAAGGGGAUAAGAGAGGAUAACUGCUUUUAUUUCAGAUUAUGUUCCCUAUGUUGCUUAUUUUUGUGAAAUUACUAAAUUGUACCCUGGUUUAAUAUGAUUCUACAUUUUUUCCCUUCUC